AUGUCAAAGGCCUCGACACAGCCGACGCUGUCGCCACAGUUUUGCUUCAAUGAGCGGGCGUUAAGAGAUUUCCUCCGAAUCUCACGAUCGACGAUAGAUGAUUCUAUAUCCCAGAACUUGAACGCACUGGUUACCCCGGCCCGAUCUGGGUUUGACCCAUCGUCGACGACCGCCAGACAGACGGAGCUUCCACACAAGGGCCAGGUUGACGCAGAGAGCUGCCAGAUCUUCAAAGACGAGCUCUUGUUUCCGUCCUGGCAGGCUAGAUCCGACGUCCUGACAUAUUGUACCGGUGUUGCUACGAGUCCCGACCCCGACGACCCCGACCUGCUACUCCGGCAAGAAGAAUCAUCAAGGGACCGGGAGAGGGUCGUAGACGAACGUCUAGACCCUUACUCGGCGAGAUUCUUCCCCAGGGAACCCCGGACAGAGUCUCUUGCCAUGUUACUACGGAACGAGCGUGGUGUGGAGAGGAUAGUGAGGUCUCGCACCUGGAACAUCGUGGGCGAGCGUUGUGGAAACUCGUUCGAGGGCUGGGAAGAUGCGCUCAAUCGGUGGCGGUCAAAACGUGAACAAGGACUCAAGGCCGCCGAACAGAUCCUUAAAAAGAACCCAAACCAUGGAGACACACAGGCAAUGAAGGGUCUCAUGUUGAGCUACCAGGGUCAACAAGAGGAGGCAUUUGCUCUUGCGAAGAUGGCCCUCAAGAACGAUAUGAAGUCACAUAUCUGCUGGCACGUUUACGGCCUGCUGUACCGCGCUGAGAAGAACUACGAUGAAGCUAUCAAGGCGUACCGGUUUGCGCUUAAGCUCGAGCCAGAGUCCCAGCCCAUACAGCGAGAUUUGGCCUAUCUACAAGCCCAGAUACGAGACUUCCAGGGAUACAUUCAGAGCAGGGCGACAAUGCUGCAACAACGACCUGGGUUCCGCCAAAACUGGACAGCUCUCGCGAUCGCCUACCACCUCUCGGGCAACCUCUCGGAGGCCGAGAACGUGCUGACGACAUAUGAAGAAACAUUAAAGACACCCCCACCACGAUCCGACAUGGAGCACUCCGAGGCCAUUUUAUAUAAGAACAUGAUUAUUGCGGAAUCCGGCGACCUGGAGAAGGCCCUUGAACACCUUGAUGCCGUCGGCAAGCAAUGUUUCGAUGUCCUUGCCGUCAUGGAAAUGCGCGCAGACUACCUCCAGCGACUAGGUCGAACCUCGGAAGCUGUUGCUGCUUAUGAAGCUCUGUUGGAGAGAAACCCGGAAAACUCGCAGUAUUAUGACUGUCUAAUUAAGGCCAAGGGUAUCCCCAAGGAUGACCACAAAGCAUUGAAAGCUGUUUAUGAUUAUUGGGUUGAGCAAAACCCUCGAGGAGACUCGCCUCGGCGCAUCCCACUAGAGUUCCUGGAAGGAGAUGAUUUUAAAGAGGCUGCCGAUUUAUACCUUCAACGAAUGCUGCGCAAGGGUAUCCCCUCCACGUUCGCCAAUAUUAAGACCCUCUACACCAACCCUAAGAAGCUCGCUGUCAUUCAAGAGCUAGUGGAAGGUUACGCCGCCGGGGGGCUAAAAGAGCAACCCAAUGGAUCUGCCGAUAAGCAAUCAAACGGAGAGGAAUCGCGGUUCGAGAGCUCUGUUCUCUACUUCCUUGCUCAACAUUACAGCUACCACCUCAGCCGUGACCUUGAAAAGGCAAUGUCAUAUGUGGAGAAGGCCAUUGAGCUCUCUCCAAAGUCUGUAGAAUGCUGGAUGACCAAGGCUAGGAUAUGGAAACACUACGGAAAUCUCACCAAGGCUGCAGAAACCAUGGAGGCUGCUCGACUACUAGACGACAAGGACCGGUACAUCAACUCAAAGGCUGUCAAGUACCAACUCCGACACGACGAAAACGACAAGGCACUUGAUAACAUGAGCAAAUUCACCCGAAAUGAAACCGUAGGAGGACCACUCGGCGAUCUACACGAGAUGCAAUGUGUUUGGUUCUUAACUGAAGAUGGCGAGUCAUACCUACGCCAACGGAAGCUAGGUCUUGCCCUCAAGCGAUUCCAUGCAAUUAGCAAUAUCUUCGAUCUAUGGCAAGAAGAUCAGUUUGAUUUCCACAACUUCUCGCUCCGCAAGGGCAUGAUCAGGGCCUACAUCGAUAUGAUUCGAUGGGAGAACCAUCUACGGGAACAUCCGUACUAUAGCCGAGCUGCCAUUGGCGGAAUUAAGUCAUAUAUCCUUCUACACGAUGAGCCAGAUCUCGCCCACGGACCGAUCCCCAGCGGUAUGAACGGUUCCAAAGACGGCGGUGCGGAUAGCGCCGAACGUAAGAAGGCUCUUAAGAAGGCCAAGAAGGAGCAGCAGCGAUUGGAAAAGGCAGAGGCCGAAAAACAGAGGCUCAAGAAGGCUUCUGGCACGACUCCCAGCGGUGAUGCUAAGAAGGAGGACACUGACCCAUUGGGAUUAAAUUUGGUCCAUACCACCGACCCAUUGAAGGAAGCCAUGAAGUUCUUGAACCCCUUACUAGAAGCUUGCCCUGACAACAUUGAUGCGCAAUUGGUCGGGUUCGAGGUGUACAUUCGAAGGAAAAAAUACCUGCUAUCCAUCAAAUGCCUCCUCGCAGCCCACGCCAUCGACCCAUCCAACCCAACUCUACACACGCAAGUCGUCAAAUUCCGCCAGCUCUUCGACGAAGGCGCCGCCGGAGAACUCACUCCACCGGACAUCGUCGACCUCAUCAACGCAGAAUUCGACAUCCUGCUGCCCAAAUCCACUGAUCUCAAGAAAUGGAACGAAGACUUCCUAGCUUCCCACGCAGAGAGCGCCCCACACGUCCAGGCAGCACUAGCAGUCCGCCAAAUGCUCACCCCUGAAUCAAAGGAGAAAUCCGAAAAGGACCUUCUUUCAUCCAUCGACCUCGACACUACGUCGAUCGAAGAUGCGUUGGCUGGUCUCAGCUUACUUGAUAACUGGGGCAGUGCACCGGAAACGAAAGCUUCGUACUCCACUAACGCCCGUCGUAGAUGGAAGGAAGCUUCGGUUUUUUCACAAUGA